AUGGCGUGCGCGGCCGCGGCGCGCCCCGCCGCGCUUGCGCGGCAGCAGCUCUCGCAGAUCCGCGCCGGCCUGGCGCGGGCCAGCCCGCCGAGGCUGCCGGGCGGCCGCCGCGCCGUGGUGGCCUGCUUGCUGAGGGAGCCGCGCGACCCGGCAGGGCCGCGGUCGGCGGGACCCUGCUCCUGUGGCCGCUCCUCGGCCGCACAGUGCACCACAGAGCGGGCCGCCCCCGCAGCGCCCUCGCGGGAGCGGCCCGGCCGACCGCGGCGGCGAGAGCCGGCGGAGGUCUGCUUCAUCCUGCGGGCGCCCGCGCCGCCGGGGGCGAGCGCCGCGGGCCGCCGCUGGGGCGGUCAGGUAGCGCUGCCCGGCGGCCAUGCGGAGGCGGGCGAGAGCGACCACGAGGCCGCGGCGCGGGAGUGCUUCGAGGAGGUGGGCGUCACGCUGGACGCGCCCGGGGCGUACCGCUUCCUGGGCUGCGUCCGCGAGCGGCGGGCGCCGCCCCGGGGCGGGCAGCCUGCGGAAGACACGCUGGUCGUGGCGUGCCGGGUGUACGAGCAGCUUGCGGAGCCGGAGUCCUCGCUGCGGCUGCAGGCAGCCGAGGUGGCCGCGUGCGGCUGGGCGCCCCUGAGCCUUAUGUUGGGCGACGACUGUGUGCGCCCUCUGGACUGGUCUGCGCGUGUCGGGCCCCAGGGCUCGUCCUGGAACGGCUACCCGUCGGUGCCGCUGGGGGCCGGGCUCCGGGACUUGCUGGCGGCCGAGGGCUUCGAGGGCGCGCCAAGCGCCGCGAAGUGCCACGGCCGGGGGCAGAUUUGUGCCAGCCAGACCAGGCCUGCCACCUUCAUCGAGACACGCCAUGUGCCUGGAAGGGGCCCUGGCGCCGAAGCCCUGUCGGCCAUAGAGUUGGGCACCAGCAAUCGGAUACACAACAUCGCGAUGGGUGUGGCGAUGGCCACCAAUAUGCAGAUGUCUCGAACGGAGCAGACAAUGCCAAGAAACGCGGAGAAGCGAGCUAAGGUGAUGUGA